AUGGAGCAUCGGCAAUUUAAAUACACACUGGGUUUUCAUGCUUGUUCCACUUUGUUAGCCAGGAUGAGUCUAAAGGUGACCAUUUUAGUUGCUUCUGCUCUGAUUCUAAUAGGGCAAAGUAGAGGAGAAGGAGCAAAGGCUUUCAGAGAUGAAGACUUGGAAUUGGAACGGCAACUCAAGCUCCUGAACAAACCACCCGUCAAGAGUAUUCAGACCCAGGAUGGCAGUACUGUUGAUUGUAUUGAUAUCAACAAGCAACUUGCAUUUGAUCACCCAUUGCUUCAAAAUCAUACCAUCCAGAUGGAGCCUAGUUCUCUCCCAAAGGGUAUGAAACCUGCAAGUGAUUUGCCCAUCGAACCUGUGAAAUUUGAAACAGUUCAAUGCCCCCAUGGGACGGUACCCGUUCGAAGGACUCGAAAGAAAGAUCUGAUAGCCGCAAAAACAUUAUCAACGUCAUAUGGAGCUCCAUCCAACGAGGGAGGAUACCAUUUCUCAACUGUUAAGACCUUCAGAGACCGGCCUACCAACUUCUAUGGAGCCAGAUCGUUUAUAGAGAUUUGGAAACCGAAUGUUUCUGCUGACCAAUUCAGUUCAUCAGAAAUGUGGAUCAGAAAUGCAGAUUCAGACCGUCUGAACAGCAUACAGCUAGGAAUAUUUGUUAUCCCAUCGUUGUACUCCGACGACAAACCGCGGUUAACUAGUUCUUGGACUGCGGAUGGUCAUCAAAAAACUGGUUGCUUCAAUCUUCUUUGCCCUGGUUUCGUACAAAUUACUCGACAAUAUUAUAUGGCUUUAUGUGGUUUCUCAAUGGAAGAUCCUGCUAGUGGAAAUUGGUGGUUCAUAGUACGCAACUCUGAAGGGGUUGUGAAUUUUGGGUAUUGGCCGGGAUCACUAUUCAAUAAUUUGGCGGAUCAUGCAACAGAAUUAGAGUUCGGUGGACAGGUUUACAGCCCUCCAAAUCAGCCUUCCCCACAAAUGGGCAGCGGACAUUUCUAUCCUAAAAACGCUUUUAAAACUGCUUCCGUAAGCAAUAUUGCAUUUGUGGAUGGAUCAAAUGUAUUAACAGAACCCGAAAAUAUAUCGAUGGUACUGACUCCCAACAAGCCAAAUUGCUAUUAUGCAAAUUACUGUGAAUUUUGGGAUGAUGUGUUUAGAUAUAAUACCAUGUUUGGUGGACCUGGAGGUCCUAAUUGUAUUGAGUACUAA